ACGAACGGCGAUUGAUCCUUAAGACAUUUUAAUUGUCAAUAGAAUCUAAAGUAAAAAAUGAUCAGUACAUUGAUCGUUGUCUUGUGUUUGAUAAUUGGCAGUGUUAACCAUGUAAUUUAUGGUAUUCAGAAUACACUCAAAGAAGAUCUAGAACUGGAAAAACAACUGAAGCUCAUUAACAAGCCUCCUAUCAAGAGUAUUUAUACAGAGUUUGGGGAUAUUGUUGAUUGCAUUGAUAUUAACAAGCAACCAGCGUUUGACCAUCCUUUAUUAAAAAAUCAUAAGUUGCAAAGAAAACCCAACUUUGGAAAAACAAGUGUGAAGACUUCACCAGCUAGAUCCAUAUUUGGGCUUGAUAAGGACAAAUGUCCAUUAGGGACAGUUCCUAUUCGGAGAACCACAAAAGAUGAUCUAAUUCGAGAAAAAUCAUUAUUAAAUGAUCAUAUGAUCAUGACUCAAAAAGCUCCUGGUAUUCAUGUUGCAGAAGUAUCUCUCAAGUCGCGUUUUGGUCCUUAUUAUGGAGUCAAUGGAACAAAUAGUAUUUAUAAUCCAAAACUUGAUAGGACAGAUCAAAUCACCCUUUCAAAUUUAUGGGUUCAGAAUGGGCAAGGAGAUGCUGGUAACAAAAUCUCAGUUGGUUGGCAUGUGAGUUUUAAUUGCUACAAUUUUGUUUACUUGUAA